UACGCCCCUGGUGGAGCACUUGUGUAGCAGGGAUCAAAAUUCCACCAUUCAUCUGGCCGAACUUUUCCCCCCGGCUUUGAAAGGUCGCGAAGUUACGCGCAGUUUUGUCGUAUUUUUUAUUUUUUUGGUGGCAGUCGCUCCGCUGCGAUGGAGGCAUGUCCAAGGAAGGUGGAGACUCCUGCUCAACUUCCUGCACAAUACUCUUGAAGCACCGCCAGGAGACAAGAAGGGAGUCUUCUGCUUCAGGCAAAGGGCGAAUGGAUCUACGGGCUCUCUUGUUUUUCCCCCUAAUUACAACCGCAUCGUAGCUGUUAACCGUUUAUACGCCCCCAUCUUCUCGGCGUGUAGCUCUCGAGUUAGCCGCAAACCUGCCGAAUAAUCGAUUGGCAACGUUUGGUAGCCGAGGCGGCGCAAAAGGAAAGGAAUGGAGGUGGUGGUGGAGUUUGACUACGAGGCGCUCCAUGAGGAUGAGCUGACCUUGCGAAAGGGGGACCUCAUCAAGAACGUGCGCUGCAUCCAAGAGGACGGCUGGAUGGAGGGAGACCUCAACGGCAAAAGGGGACUCUUUCCCGACAACUUUGUGAAGGAAAUCAAACAGGAGGCCAAGGAAGUGAAAGCGGAAUCCAAAGAGCAAUCGGCUCAGCCUCUGAAGAGAGAGAAGUCCAUCGGCAACGUCGCCAACUUGGUGCAGAGGAUGAGCACCAUCGGGAUCCCCACCGGGGGGUUCCAGCCGCGGCCGGCGGCUGCCACGAAGAAGUUGAAGAAGAGGCAGUGCAAAGUGUUGUUUGAGUAUCAGCCGCAGAACGAAGACGAACUGGAAUUAAAAGUGGGGGAGAUUUUAGACAUCACCGAAGAGGUGGAAGAGGGUUGGUGGAGCGGCGUCAACAACGGCAAGUCAGGACUCUUCCCUUCCAACUUUGUCAAAGAAGUGGACGUCGCCAAAGAAGACGGAGACUCCAACGGCACCAUCCCAGAAGAGGCCGAUGGACACGGUGCAGAAAACAUAAUGACGACCCCGUCGUCGCCCCCGCCGGCUUCGGGCAACGGAGCCAUCGUCCAGCCCAAAAAAAUCCAGGGGAUCGGUUUUGGAGACAUUUUCAAAGAAGGCUCGGUCAAAUCAAAGGUCCGAAUUCCCCACCUGGAUACGGAAGACAAAAAGGAAAAUCCACCGCCUUCAUUACCAUCAGCCGCAAAGCCCCCCUUUGCCAAUGUGACAGAAAUGCAGAGGGGCGACGGAGAGAGCAACUCCAAAGCUAAAGACUUCUGUCGGGUCACCUUCGCUUUGGAAGCCACAAAUCAGGAUGAGCUGACUUUGCGCGAGGAUGACAUCAUCUCGAUCAUCAGCAAGGACACAGGAGAGCCCGGCUGGUGGCGAGGAGAAGUGGGAGGCAAGGAAGGCGUCUUUCCGGACAACUUUGUCGUCAUGCUUUCAGAGAGCGAAAAAGAGGCUUAUUUAUCUCGAGGGUCGCGCAAGUCCUCACUGAAGCAAGACCUCGAAGAGAAACCAAAGAAGCCCCCGCCGCCGUCAAAGCACAUUGCUCUCAAACCAGAUGUUCCCAGCGCUGACAAGAAGCCUCACGCCCUCAGGCCAGAGGACAAAGUUGACAAGCCGUUGCCAGACCCAAAACCACACAAGCCGGCGGCCCCGCUCCCACCCAAAAAGCCCGUCCCGCCUCCUGGCAAAGGCAAAGCGGGUAUCCUGCCACCCAAGCGGCCAGACAAGCCUCUUACUCCGUCACCAAAUCUGAGACAUAAUGGGGAAGUGCCAACAUCUCGUCCAAAGCCAGACUUGGACCUAUUGCUUCCCCCCAAGCCCAAAACACCCACAAUGGACACGGGGGACAAAUCCUUGGAAUUAUCUCUGAUGAGUUUCGAUGAGGUUUCCCCAAACUCUGACAAGCUGUCUCAUCCCACCGCUAACAGACCAAAGAUCACCGGCCGCAGGUUGCCCGCUCAAUUCGGCAGAGGGCAUUCGCCCAGCAAGGAGGACGCCGUGGAGAAAUCCCUCAAGUUCGACGAAGAGGAUGCCGGCAAACUAAAGCUUCUGGAACCCAGAAAGCUUUCCGCACACAACCUGUCGCCGUCGUCGCAUAAACACGGCGUGGAGGCCAAACCCGGCCCGGCGGCCGCAGCCCCCGGCUCAGAAAGCGUUUUCCAGGGAAGGGAGGAUCCCAAAUCGCAGAUGGAAGCGCUCAGAAGUCAGAUGAAGGAUCUUCUGCUGUCAGUGGAGCUGUUCAAGGCCCAGCAAAUGAAAGAAAUAACAGAGCUUCGUGGAGAGCUGGAUGAGGAAAGGCAAAAGCGUGUCGCUCUGCAGAUGGAGCUCGAUAAGCUAAAGAUGGCCGUCCACUCAACGUGAAGCUGAGCUCGGGGGGGGGCGCGGGGAGCUCAAGGUCCAGCUUUCUAGCCUGACA